CGACCCCGACGCUCGCUGUCCCACACGCUCCUGGAUACCGAAAUACAUCCGGGUUUAUCGCAGCCUCUAUCCCUCUUUCCUUUUCUGUUCCGCGACUGAAACCAAGUCUCCGACGGAAGAGUGAAAACAAGAAAACCGAAAAUAAAACCAAGGACUCACGGCCACGAAAACAGAAAAGGAACGAAGGAGGUCGAGGCGAGAGGAGAGUUGACUAGGUCGAGACGCGCCGCCCUCCCUUAGUCAGCAUCGGACGACCAAGGUGCUGCCAGGAAUACGGUCAACGCACUCGCUCCUACGCUCCUGCAGGGACAGCAGCCGAAGCCGCAGAGAUGACGAACCCUUCGACGUGCCUUCUGGUCCUUCUGCUCCUGAGUUUGGCGAGCGUGAGAGGCGAGGAAAAUGGACUGCAGGAAACAGGAAGAACGAUUCUUUCGCCGUACGAAGCAGCCGGCAUGCACGUCGUGGUAUCCCAGUUCUUCAGCGGCGGCGGUCUGCUCCUGGCCUGCUUCUACGUGUUCCUGCAGCUGUUCAAGCCCCUCUACACCCUCUUCACCGAGCCCUCAGAGGGUGGCAGCCAUGGCCACGGGACGAUACCCAAGCGGGCGGAUGCCCAUGGGGCGGCGGAUACCCAAGCGGCGGCGGAUGCCCAUGGGGCGGCGGAUACCCAAGCGGCGGCGGAAACUGGAGGGGGUCAUAGGAGCUUCUUGAACAAUAUUGACUUGGUGGAUGUUACCUUUAACGCCAUGAAUGUGGAGGAUGCUGAGUGCAGGAGGCGCGUCGUGUGUGAGAUCCAGAGGGCAGCGUCGACGAUGCCUCUUUUGGGAGAGCUGCUGGAGAGUGCCAGUUCCUCCAUCAACGGACUGGAGAACUACAGAAACGCCCAGCAAUUAGGGGCUGCCUUAGAAGACUGCCAACUGCUCUUCCACUGUCCGCACCCUCCCUUGGGCUUCAGCUAGGAGAAGAAGGAAGAAGAAGCAAGGAGGAUGAGAAGAAGAUGAUGACGAAGAAGAAGAAAAUUAGAUAAAUAUAUGAACGUCAUGGUGCGGAUACUGAAGUGGAGUUUAUGUUUGUUUUGUCUCUCUCUCUCUUCUUCGUUGCUUUUGUAUCGAAAGAGGAAGAAAAAUGGAAGAAGUAAACUCCAGGUACCUAAGUUCCUUGAUUUUAUCGCAUUAGAAGAUAUUAAUGUAAUUUUUUACAUCAAAUUUCUUCUCUUCAAGCUCAAGGGUUUCAUAACAGGCAAUGUCAAAUAAAGAAUUAUUAUGGCCAGUAAUACAAAAUGAUAUAGAAAUAGAAAUUACCUAGGUCUACUGUUCUGAGGCUGUUUAUGUUUUUGUUAUCAUCAUUCUCAAUAAUACUAUUGUUGUUCCUUUAUAUCUAUUGCUGUAAGUAUAUUCUGCUUAGUAUCCUCAAGUACUCCCAACUUAGUAAUAAGAACUUUCCAAUCAAAUAUUUAUUAGUAACUGUUAACAAUGGCAUUGUUACCUAAAUCUUUAUUUCCUAUCGUGACAUAUGACAAAGAAAAAAAAAACAGUUCAUAUCCAUAAUUUCAUAUCACAUGACAAUAUUACUGCUGAACAUAUUUACAUAUAAGCAUAUAACUCAUCAACUCACACGCAAACAAACACAUUCAUGUUCAUACACAUGCAUACACGUUGCAUUCUUUCAGUUGCAAUCAUCUUAGCAGAAACUAUUCCUGCCUUCAUAUCUUUUUAACAAUAAAACAGAUUAAACCACCAUAAUUUUCCAUAUUUUUUUCCAUCUAGUUCACUAAAAAAUAAUGCAUGAUAAAUGAAGAUCCGUUAUCACAGAAAAUAAAGACCUGCUCCCCUCUUCAGUUCAUUUAUGAUAAAGCAUUGUAAAUUUUCAUAGCAUUUAACUAUAAUACAUAUAUAUUUAUGGCAUUUCCACCACCAAUUUUCAUUCACUCUCACUACCAUUGCCUCCUUUGUCCAUAUUUCUUACUAAAAUCCCUAUUCAUUUAUCAUAAUACGACUAUGAAGACAUUUUAUUUAUUAGACAAAAUUAUUGACAAUACCUUAUCAGUUUGUAUACAUUUUUGUUUUUAUGAGAAUUAUUCGGUACCCGUGACUAGGAUGACUAUUGUAAUAUUUCUGUGUAUCUAUUGUAAUUUAUUCUUAACUUGACUUGU